AUGCUUCGCCACGCGUUGUGUUAUGGAAAAACUGCUAUAGAUGGCCACAACGGUCUCCUGCCGGCUACAACGAGAGGCAUCGCUUCCUUUUCGACGUCGAGUGAAUACGACUACGUCAUUGUCGGCGCAGGAUCCGCCGGCUGUGUGCUUGCCAACCGACUAGGUGCCGAUCCUAGCAACAAGGUGCUGCUGGUGGAAGCUGGUCCUAGCGACCGCAAUCGAUGGGAUUCCGUCCUGAUUGAGAUGCCAGCUGCCGUCCCGAUCAACCUCGCGGAUGAACGGUACAACUGGAACUACUUCACAGAGCCGCAGGGAUUUUUGAACAACCGACGCAUCGGGUUCCCACGCGGUCGAGUGCUUGGUGGCUCUUCGUCUAUUAACGCCAUGGUGUACACUCGUGGCAAUGCGAAGGACUACAACGACUGGGAGGCGAACGGUGCUGAGGGAUGGAGCUAUGCGAAGUGCUUACCGUACUUUAAGCGGUCGCAGAAUCACCAGCUCGGUGGAGACGACUACCGUGGUGGCGAUGGACCCCUUCAUGUAGUGAGAGAUACGCAGAAGGACCAGCCACUUUUCCAGGCAUUUCUGGAUGCUGGUGUCGAGGCUGGGUACCCAUUUACAGAAGACCUGAACGGGUAUCAACAGGAAGGUGUGGGCUGGCACGACUUGACAAUCCACGAGGGCAAACGAUGGAGUAGCUCUGCAGCAUUUCUCCAUCCCAAAAUGGAUCGUGAUAACCUGACGGUCGUGCCGGAUACUUUUGUGACUAAAUUAUUAUUCGAAGGCAGAAAAGUGAUCGGUAUUCAAGUGGAAAGCAACAAGACGAAGGCGGUUUCCAAGAUCUUGUCACGCAAAGAGGUUAUCCUCUCGGGCGGAGCUAUCAACACUCCUCAGUUGCUCCUGCUGUCAGGUGUUGGUGACGCGGAUCACUUCAGGAAAGUCGGAGUGCCUCUCGUGCAGCACCUCCCUGCUCGCUUCCCUGGUAAAGUACUCCAAAUUGGCUACGAGUGGUUUACCUCCAAGACUGGGCCAGGUGCCAGUCCACACUGCGAAGUGGGCGGAUUCAUCCGCACUGCUCCAGGUAAGUCGCAGCCGGAUCUGCAAAUCCAAUUCAGUCCGAGCGCCGUGGACGAACAUUAUCAGCUGCGUGAGAUUGGUCAUGCCAUGAGUGGGCACAUUUCGCUCAUGCGUAGUUCUCAGAAUGGCACGAUCAAGUUACGCUGCGACAACCCUUACGAACACCCGAUCAUUGACCCCAAGUACAUGGCCGAAGAAGAGAGCCGUGUCACGCUUCGAGAGGGCGUCAAGUUGACGCGGGAGAUCUUCGCCCAAAACGCGUUUAAGGAAUUCUGCGGAAAGGGUAUUUCGCCGAAGGAAAGUGUCCAGUCGGACGAACAGAUCGACGCGUGGGCCCGUAAAUACGCGGCCACGGAGUUCCACGUGUCGUGUACGGCUCGCAUGGGCGUGGAUGAGAACUCUGUUGUGGAUCCUCAGACUCGUGUCCAUGGACUGGAGGGUCUUCGCGUUGUGGACGCUUCUAUCAUGCCUAAUAUUGUGAGCGGCAACACAAAUGCGCCUGUUAUCAUAAUCGCCGAGAAGGCCGCUGACAUGAUUCUGGGUAAGCCUGCGUUGCCAAAGGCGAAUGUGCCAGUGUAUCAAGCGAAAAACUGGCAAGCCAGCCAGCGAUAA